CUUGAUGAGUGGAAAUUGAGAAAAUUUGUCAACUUAGCCAUUACAACUGACAAUGCUGCGAAUAUAGUCAACGCAGUUAAACUCACAGGCUUGAAACAUAUAAGGUGUCUAGCCCAUGUGUUAAACUUGUGUGUCAACAAAGGCCUUAAAUGCGAGAAUGUAACAGGACUGUUGAAAAAAGUUCGUAGAAUAGUAGCAUUUUUCCACCGGAGCAGUACAGCUGCAGCACGUCUUGAGUCAGCAGCUAAAGCAUUGUGCAUAAAAUCCCACAAACUCAUCCAAGAUGUGGAAACAAGGUGGAAUUCUACUUUUGACAUGCUUGAAAGAUAUACAGAGCAAAAAGAUGCUGUGGAAGCCACAUUGAAGAGCAAAGAUCUGAAGUUCAAAGACGUUGAAAGUAUUCCUACGACUGAGGAGGGAAAACUGAUUGAUGAGCUUGUGCAUCUUCUGGGUCCAUUCAAGACAGCUACAGAAGAACUCAGCACAUCAACACAUCAAACUAUCUCCCUCGUGUACAACGUAAAGAAGCUGCUUCUUCACCAACUUCACCCCACAGCCCAAGAUAGCCACGUCAUUGCUGAGAUGAAGAAUGCCAUGCGCGCAGACCUUAAACCAAGGUAUGCUGAUUCGGAACCCUUCUUGAUCGAGUGUACCAUGCUAUAUCCGAGGCUCAAGACGACCACUUUCCCAUCAGAGAUCGAGAAGGAGGAGACGUUGAAGGUCAUCAAAGAACAAAUGACCUCAAUUAUCAAUGAUGAUGCAAGGGUUCCUGACAUCUUGGUUGAACGAGAAGAUGAGAACAACAACAGCAGCAUGGCCUGCAAUGCAACUGACACCAUGGACACGUGUAAAAACCAGAGCAGCAGACACAGUUUGGGGUUAGGCGAUAUGUUGAACUCUUUUAUCACAAAGAAUGUCCCACCUUCAAAAAAUGAUAUAAUUGAUGCAAAAGUCAAAAGCUACAUGUCCGAACCCAUCCUGGAGUAUAAGGAGGACCCCCUAAAAUGGUGGAGAGAAAAGCAGAAGACAUCCCGUACUGGCACAGGUAGCAGCUAG